UCCAGAGGUUCGAGUCAGGGGGCCCCUGAAACUCAGAGAGGAGGAGGAGAGAGGAGGUCCUGAAAGGGACUCGAUACCGCCCCCCCCGAAAAAGCUUGGAAGAAUUGCGCUCCAUCAGUGCGCCUUGCCUGCCAGUCGGAGUAUGGGGAAUGUUUUCCCCAUUCAUCCACGUUCCCUUUUUCCCCUCCUCCUCCUCUCAAACAAGCCAGUCGGUCUGUCAAUGUGCUGCGAGCAUUAGAGCAAGUCAAACCAGUGGGAUUUUGAGGCAGCAAGACGAAUGCGAUAACGAAUGAAGCGCUUUCCUCUGGUCGAGAAGCGACGCGUCCAGCUCUCCAAAUGAUGCGCUACAUCAGAUAGAGGUCAAUCUCCAGCAGGAACUGAUGCCCACAGUUCGCUUCUUCUUCUUACUAUUUUUUAAUCACUUCAUAAGUUUAACGUUGGCCUUUGUGCGACGUUAGAGUGGAGGUGCUUUUCUAGCUCUUUGGUUUGUUUCUCUCAGUUUUCCUGCGUUAUUUCUUGAUUUUCUUUCUUGGAUUUAUAACCGAUUUGGAUUCUGGUUUCUUUUUUUAUUAUUUUCAACAAGUCUGUUGCUGAAGGAUUUGCGGAUUUACAACCCGUGUCUGUGCAUUUUACAAAAAAAGGAGAAUAAGGAUUGUAUUGCGCACGGACUGAGCCCACCGAGCAUCAAUAUGUGUUUAUGAGGAUGGAGCUGUGGACACGAGUGGCAUCGUUUUCAUUUUAAACGCUUUACCUCCAUAGUUUUGGUCUGAUAUCGGCUGUUUCCUUCUAACAGUGACAUUUUCUUUAUGGUCCAGCCUGAUAUGUUGGGAAGCAGAUCUUAUUGCGAGAAAACAAGGUAAUGGGAGAGAAAUCACACACAGUCGGCUCAGAGAACAAGGGAACAUUGUUCGGUAAAAGACAAUUAGGGCGCACUGAAAGGCAACAUUAAUAGCUUUUGGGUGGCGAUAAAUUUUGUGAAAAUUCGAUUUAGUGGAGUUAUAUGCGAGCAGAGGAGCACUGCUCUGGAAAAAGGACUACCUAAUUGGAAAGUCAUGGGAUUGGCAGAUAAAUAGUUCGAUCGUGGACGCGCAGAAAAACCGUCGGUUUUGGAGAUCCUUACGCACGGAUUGAACAAGUUUCUCCUGCGCAUUUCACUGUGUUGUUUUUUUUUGCUUGAGCCAGUAUACAUUCGAUGAAUUUUGGAUCCAUGAGGUUGAACACAGCGGGCUUUCACUUCACACUUUGACUGUCUACCUAGAGCCUGAUCGGCUGUGGUCUCCCCUUCAUUGUUUUAAGACUCCUUGCAACAGAAUUGAACACAGAAAAUAUUGUCAAUAAAAUAAAAAAUGGGGCUACAUAUGCUAGGUGUUAGGGUUGAAAUGGCGUGUCGAGGAAGUGAAAACGGAUUGUGGAUCCUGCUGGUAUUCUUACUGGAUUUACUGGGGACAACAGCCAGCAAUAUGGAGCCCAUCUACUGGAAUUCCCUGAACGAAAGGUUCAGGGACGACAAGGGUUAUGUUCUGUACCCUCAGAUCGGGGACCGGCUGGACCUCAUCUGCCCUCCGCUGGACACCGCCCGGUCCACACCAGAGUACGAGUUCUACAAGCUCUAUCUUGUGUCGGCGCGGGAACAGGCAGACCGCUGCGAGGUGACUGGGCCCCCCAACAUCGUGCUCACCUGUGAUGAGCCCACACGUGAACGGCGCUUCACCAUCAAGUUCCAGGAGUUCUCGCCCAACCUCUGGGGCCACGAGUUCAAGAGUAUGCAUGACUACUACAUCAUUGCUACGUCAGACGGGACCCGCCAAGGCCUGGAUAGCAUGAGAGGUGGGGUGUGCGCCACGCAAGGCAUGAAGGUGGUUCUGAAAGUGGGACAGAGCCCAUAUGGGCUGCCUCCGAAGAAGGAGCCAGCGGGACGCACCACCAGCAGAAAUCCAGGCGGCACAGGGAACUCCACCCAGUCUCGAGGACCCAACAGCUUUGGGGGCGAGGGCGGUGGCGAGAACGGGCCCCUUCAACCCUCCAACAUUGCCCUCAUUGCUGGUGCUGCGGGAGGCUCCGCCUUCCUCCUGCUGGUAACUGCUGUGAUUUGUGUCGUGUGUUACCGACGGCGGCACGCCAAGCACUCGGACACUCACCACCCUCCGCUGUCGCUGUCCUCACUCACCAGCCCAAAGCGGGGCGGGGGUGGGGGCAUGACCAGCUCCAACAACAAUGGUUCCGAGCCCAGUGACAUCAUCAUUCCCUUGCGGACGUCAGACUCAGCCUACUGCCCGCACUACGAGAAGGUGAGCGGGGACUACGGACACCCCGUCUACAUUGUCCAGGAGAUGCCGCCUCAGAGCCCAGCCAACAUCUACUACAAAGUAUGAGAUGGCCGCUGAUCCAGCCAACUGGACACGCCCACCUCCCUUCACCCACUGCCAAUCAUUCCCUGCUCCAAAUAAAGCCACAGCAAAGCUUGUCAUCACAGCUCCAAACCUGGACCCCUUCGGUACUACCACUAUUGUCCCUUGGACCCUACUCGCCCCCUGUGAGCCCCCACCCCCAGCCGCAGUUGUUCCUAGCUGAAUAAACCACCCCACCCUACUCUCACACAACUGGGCUAUUAAGUGUGUGUUAAGGGCAUAACGGUGCAUAGCCCUUCUUAACAAGGCCCUCACAAAUGGGCUAGAGCCUCUGAGUGCCCUUUUCUUAUUAACUCGGAGCUAAAUGAGCUCCACCCGUGCUGAAUUGAAUAAGUCAUCCCCAUAAUGCAGGUGUCUACACACUGUUUAUCUAGGAGUAUGGACCUGGCAUUGGGACAUGAUAUUUUAAAAAAGAAAAGAGAAAGAAAAGAACUACAACUUUAAAAAGAACACUACACCCCUGAACCCACUUAGCGCCAGAGAACUCUGACACCCAGAGGCUGUACCUGCCCAGCCCACCGCACUGCCCCUCAGAGCUCCAUCGGCCAACCAGAGACCAGCACCUGCCACUAACUCACCAAUAAGAUCCUAGGUUGUUUUUGUCUGUUCCUUCUGAGAAAACGGGGGCCAAUCGGAAAGCCCGGGCAACAGUCACAUGACCAGGCCCAGGACCAGGCCCCGAUCUGACAAAUCGGUGACACUCAGAAUCUUGUAUAUUUUAAUAAUGUGUGUGUGUGUGUGUGUGUGUGUGUGUGAGUGACUGUGAGUGUGCAUAUGACUUGGAUAAUAAUUAUGGCGCUGCUGCUCCACAUUAGACGUGUGUGUGCAGUUAGUGAGCUUCAGUACAGCAAGUGUGCAUAUGCGUGUAUGAGAUUUAGUUUGUGUAUGCGUGUGUACGCUUUGUGUGUGAGUGACUGUGUACGUGUGUUCUUUAGACUUGUCUUAAAUACCAAAACACAAAAUAGUGAGCGAAUAUCAAAAAAAGAGAUUUUUUUUAUCGCUAUCAACACUUAUAGAUUAUAUAUAUGAAUAUCCAGUAAAUAAUUUUUAGAUGUUUUUUCUUCUGUUUUCUAUUCUUUAUUUUUACCCACUCUUUUAAACUACACUUUUGUUGCUAGACAUUUUUUUUAAUCUGCUGUUGUUGUUUUUCACAGCUUAGAACGACCUUGUUUCCUUUUCCUUUUGUGCUGUAUAUUAAUUUAAUCCCUCUUUUAAUUUUCCCAGCGAUCAGAGGUUCUCUCUUCCCUCUCUCAUUCACUCCCUCCAUUCCUCCUCUUUCCCCCUCCCCUCUAGGGUCUCUGAAUUCUGUGUAUAUUUUUAUAGCUCAUUGUACUAUGUUGUAGUUUUGAAGUUUAGACCUCGUUUGUGGAAGUGUUGAGGUAGAACCAUCUAUGAAAGUUUUUUUUUUUUCAAUCACUUUUUUGAAACGCAAAAGUGAAAAGAAGUGAGAGGCAGUGAUUGUGGGGAAACGGGGGCUGAGAUGAAAAAAGAAUAAAAGAAAAGGAAUAGGGCAAGAGAGAGAGAGAGAGAGUGCUGUCUGGGGAGGAGGAAUAAAGCAGCGUCUGAAUGCAGAACUUAAAAAAAAAAGGGAGCGAGGGAGAUGAGGAAAGAAAAGCUGUGAAGGAAUUGCACACUAGAGAAAAAGAAGCUGAAGGGAAGGGAGGAUGGGAGCAGCAGGAGUGAGAGAUGAAGGAGCCCAAGGAAGGAAGGAAGGAUGGAGAGAGCAGAUGAAAGAGUGGCUGGCGACGGAGAGAAACCUUUUCUUUAAACAGAGGGUCUGAGCCUCCUGAACGGAAGCAAUGGACCAACAGCAAAAACUGAUUUCAGAGGAGCUGAACUCUAACCGUGCAAAGGACAGAUCUCAUCACACACACACACACACACCCCUACUGUGACUCUGUCACACUUUACGUUAAAGUGAGGCAGCACAUUUCAGACUUGCUCCUCUUUCCCGCCAAAAUUUGUGUUGAAGUUUGUAUCACACACAUGCUCUCUCGUUUAUU